AAAAAAAAAAAGAAUCACCACACGCAUCAAGACAUCUGCACGCUCAUCUUAUUCUUCCGUCGGACGUGAAUGAUGAACAUCAUAUUGAUGUUUCUGGCCGGGACCGCCAAGAAAAUGAGGACACGCUUCAUUGCAGUGCUCUUCUGUUGCCUCCUCACAGGCUGUGAGUCCGAGUACAAGUCAUCCAUCGCAGGUCAGAACGUCACGCUGACAUGCACGUAUGACAUACGUAAACACGGACGUGUGGCGGCCUGCUGGAACCGAGGAGAUUUGCCGAUCAUGGGUAGCUGUACAGACCAGAUUGUUGCGACCGACGGGUCGAGAGUGACUCAACAGAGCGGCAAGUACAAGCUUCUGGGCCGGCUGACGAACGGGGACGUUUCACUGACCAUCCUGAACGUGAAGAAGGAGGACGCUGGAAAGUACAGCUGUCGGGUUGAGGUCCUUGGUCCCAUGAAUGAUGAAAAACACUACUUCGAGCUGAUCAUAAAAGACGCCCCUCAAACUACAACUUUAAAGACUGUCACGUAUGCGAAGAGCAUCAGCACACCAGAUGCAACAAAAACUCCAAAUCAGAUUCAGAUGACCUCCUCAGAAGGCCUCCAAACUUCCUCUUCUUCAAUCAGCUUCAAAACCGAGAAGCGUGAUGUCCCAGCGUGGGGAGUUGCGAUGGGUGUCCUCUUUGGGCUGAUUCUUCUUGGUGCUGCCAUCAUCAUCAUCAUCAUUAUCAGCAGAAGAAAGCGCCGCCUCAACAAAAUUCAUCAGCAGCAUCCGUCCGUCCAUUCGGUGCACUUCAGCUCUACGUUGUCGUCUUCCCACCACGAAGCUGCGACCGCAGACAACAUCUACCAGAUGGACACAAAUGAAUAUGACACUAUAUACUCUGAGGCUUCCACCACCUAUGCAUUGCCAUUGCGGCGAGGCCUCACUUGACUGACAGGCUUCAUCAGAACAUUUUCUUUGCAUUAUUUAAAAAUCAUCUGUUGCAAGGAACACAGUUUGUUUUAUCCCUCCCAUGUACAUUUAAACAUUAAAACACAGUUUUGAAA